AUGCCCUUCCGGUGUCGAGCAGCCAUGCCACUCGAAAGAAGCAAGAAGGCUGGGAUGCCACCCGGUGGUCCGAGACCAGACACGAGUAGCUAUUCAAAAUGCGCAUCGUUCAACAGACACACACAGCAUGGCCGUGGGCACACCAGAAGCACCCUUCCAACGAGUGUGACCGGUGGAUCACAACAGCAUUCGAUGGUCAAUAAAGACCGGGCAGAGACCGUGUUCAGCUCCCUAGAGCGACCAUCCACGCUCAGCUCUGUGGAAUUUUAUGUUUCGACAGUCUUUGUACCCUUGGACCGCCGGCAUGAAUAG